CGCACGCGCCUCGAGAUCAUUUACAGCACCUGUGUUAUUUCCCCCAGCGUCCAGGUGGCAGCAGCUCUACCGAAUUCUACUGAGCUUCACUCUCGUUCAACACGGCGUCCAAAUCGAAGUCGUCGUUCUACGUGGUGGAGGCACAGAAGUGUGCAGAUUUCUUUCUCUUCUUUCUUCUUCGAUUCAUUUAUGGAUUUAAACGAAUCGACAGAAAUGACGACCAAGAUGGUGAUUAAACAGCCGCAGGCGGUGCUGGAGUCCAAAGAUUCUGAUGAGUGGAACUCCGGGAUCUGUGACUGCUGCGACAACAAGCCUGAAUGUUGUUGUGUGUUUUGGUGCUGCCCUUGUUUUGCCUGCAAGAAGACUAAAGAAUAUGGCCAGUGCUUAUGUCUCCCCCUGCUGGACAUUUGUGGUAUCGUCUCACCUGCCACAUGGGCCAUGAGGGUGUCCAUGCGUUACCGUUACGGCAUUAAGGGCACGCUGUGUAAUGACUGUCUAAUGGCCACGUUCUGUACGCCCUGCGUCUGGUGUCAGAUGUCACGUGAGAUGAAAUUGCGUUCGAUUCCCAUCGCUUUGAUCAACGCCAGGCCAAAGAACUGAUCUGUAAAAAAAGUUGUAUAAACCUAUUUAUUUAUCUAAAGGUUCUGUUCAUCAGUGUUUAAUCGCAUGACAAUUUAGAGUUCUGUGAAUGUUACCUCCAUGUAUUUGAUUUUUUUUUUUUUAAGUUGUAUUAUUAUUGUUGUCGUCAAAAUAAAAUGUGCAUGGUCUUCUG